AUGGCCCCUGCGAUCCACGCGGUCCCCGUGGGCUCAGCAGCGCGGCCCAGCAGCCCGCGGCUGCUGCUGCAGCGGAGCAACAGCCCUGAGGGCUAUCGGACCCUGUCCCCGAGCAGAUCGCUGGUGACAGUGCCUGUGGCGACGCAGCGUUCGCUGCCACGCGGUGCCAUUCAACUGGCACAAGCUGUGUCACCGCCGCCGCUGGCGGUUGGGCCCUACAUCUCCUCCGUGUCGAGGGCGGCCCGGGCGGCGGUGACAGUGACGCCCCAUGGCACGGUUCUCACACCCCGUGGCCCCCCUGCGCCGGUGCUCCCCUUGGGCGCUGCACCGGCAGCGCUGCCGUGCACACGGCUGCCGGCCUCCGCGCCGGCGCCGGCGUCGCCGCGGGCGAAGUCGCCGCGGCAGCUGACCCGAGUGCUGGAAGACUCGCUGGCGCGACAGCUGCGCGCCUUGAAAGAGGCGAAGCAGCUGGCGGCCUCCGAGUUGGCCAAGAGUGAGAAACAGAUCGCGCAGCGACAGGACCAGCUGAGAAGGGAGACGGUGCAAGCCUUGCAAGCGACACCCCGCUUAGCCGACGCCCUGAAGCGCUGGCCCUCCCCGCCACCGCCGUGCGCCGAGCCCCGCGUGCAGGAGUUGAUCGCGCUCAGCGAAGUCACUGCCACGACGCCCAUGAGCCAAGUGGAAGAGGAAUUGCCAGGCGAUUCUUCCACGUUGCUAAUGCCCCUCGUGGACACUGUGCCGUCGCCGCUGGUGCCGUCCCCCCCGUCGCCGCCUCCGCCGGUGCUGCUGUCUGCAGCAAACCCCGGCGUGGCGGCGCUGGCGCACGAAAGGCUGCCGCGGAAGAUGGCAGAAGCGCCGGCACAGCAAAGUCACGGCAACAGCGUGGCGCCGGCGAGGCUUCCGCGGCCGGGUAGCGAGAUACAGGCCGAGCUCAAACGCUGCCGCCAAGCCUUGCACCGCGCCGCGGCCGGCGUCACGGUCAGCGACCUGCGACAGCUACGGCAGCUGCGACGUCCGCCACCGGGGGUGGUGAGGACCUGUGAGUUCAUCAGCAUUUUGCUGGGAGAGAAGGAAGGCAAAACUGUGAACUUCAAGAAGCUCUUAGCUGAUUCUUUGGCCGCACGCUUGGCCGCCUUCGAGCCACACAGCAUCACGCAUGCCAUGAGAGCUCAACUGCGCACGCUGGGCACCUUGACGGACGGUGGCUGCACCCCCUGUGUGGCGUUGACCAGGUGGUGCAGCUGCAUCCGCACCUACCUGGACGACGGCACCCGCGGUAGCCCAAGGCGCUAUCCCGGGGAGGACGACGAGAAUGCGGAGAACGUCUCGCCGGAGGCGGUGCGGGCGACCGUGCCGCUGAACGGCAACGCCGGCGCCGAGGGCGAGGGGGCCCUGGUGGUGUCGCCGGAGUUGCAAAACCUGUCACCGGCAGAGCUGCGACGGGUGGAGAAUCUCACCAUCACCAGGAAAGGUGUGGCAUCUGUUCUGUUCCAUGGUGUGACGGACUGUACUGAUUUGGAUCUGGAGAAAGACGUGCUCCUCAAGCGGGGCUAUGUCCUGGUCUACCCGGAUCCUGUGCGGAAACCACCCAAGGGCUCGGGCUUAAACAAGCGCGCCACGGUCACCAUGUACCAAUGCUUUCCACCAGGCGGUCCUGUAGAGACAGAGGAGCAAGCACAGGAGUACAAAGACAAGAUCAAAAAGAUGACGGAAGAAAACAGCGCAUGUCGCUUUAUCGAUUACGACUGUCUCUUGUUUGUAUGGCUGCUGGCUUGGCAAUUCUAA